GCGUGACCGCUCGUUCGUUGCCAUGGCGACUGACAUGGCGGAGGCGUUUCUUGCCGCAGCGGCCACACGAAGCAGCGCAUGAAGCUGCCGCCAGCAACCUCGAUGCCCGAACAGUGGGAACCGACGAAGAGCAGCAGCAAAUACGGCGUCGUGGUAGUUCCGUUUGCUGGUGACACCACAAAGCAUGGCCUGCCACUCUCACUCGGUCAGCCAGUGCACAUCUGGGAGCAAUGUGGCGGCUGGUACAGGGGCCACCGCAUUGGUGACAAGGUACAGAAGGGAAUCUUCCCGGCAUCCCACAUAGCCCUCAAAGCCUGCCAUGUCACUAACCAAGGUCCAUACGAGACGGUGGAGCCAGCGGAAGGAGCCACAGCACGUGAAGUGGCCAGUGUGCUGCGUGAAUGGCACCCACUCUGGAAGAAGCUUUACUUGGAGCGGGACGUGGAACGGUUCACGGCUCUGCGACAGGCCAUGUCCGACCUGGUCGAGUGGCGGAGGCAGCUGCUGUCGGCUGCGCUGACCCAGGACCAGGAGCGGUCCUUGUGCCUAAGGGCGGCAGCACGCAUUGACUGGGGCAACCGACUCCUGGGCCUGUCCCUGGUGCCCCGAACCGAGGGAGGUGCCGUGGCCGAUCCCGAUCGGCUGGGGCCCGUCGAGCUGUAUCGGGUGCACGUGUCGAGCGCCGCGGCGGAAGCGGAGUUGCGACCACUGCAACAGCAGCCGACUCACGCGGGUCCACACCUGCGACUGUCUUUGCGCCACGCGAGCGCUAGCAGCCUGGAACUCCAUUUCGCUCUGUACGAUGCCCAAGCAGGACAGUUCUUCAGUGAAAACUUUCUGGUGAAGAGUACCAAGUGUGGCCAGUCGAGCUUCCUGGCCAGCCAUGCAGCUGUAUUCAUGGAUGUCUACCGGCCAGAAGGGCAGCAACUCCAUCUGGUCGUGCGUGUCAUCCGGACAGGUCGACUGCUGGGUGACAAGGGAUCUGGCGACCACGAGAGCUACCGGCGGCCAUUAGCCUGCGGUGUCAUUGAUCUGACAACCUUGCCAUGGGAUGUGGGUGGCGAGACAGAGCACGCCGUUCGACUAGUCACAUGCAAUGAGGCAGACUUCCACCAGCUGCACGAAUUGAUUGUCCGCAAGAUGGGCCACAAGAUGGCGCCCCUGCAGCCCAGUCUGGGACUGAGCGUGUGCCUGCGGCCAGUGUCUGAUCCGGAGGAAGAGGGUCUGCCCGUGGUGCGCAUGCGGGGUUUUCCCGAGGUCAUCAUGCCGGGGGAUGUGCGCAACGACCUCUACCUGACCCUUGACCGGGCUGACCUUGCUGGUCCCGCCAAGAACAUAGAAGCUCGCCUUAUGCUGGUAGCCGCAGAUGGACGCAUCCUUCAGGACUGCCUGAGUGGUGGGGUGGGCCAGCUGGAACCGUCAUGCGAGUGGCGCUCUCUGGUGUUGUGCCGCACGUGCACCCCUCGGUGGGGGGAGGCCGUGCACGUGCGGCUGCCCCUGGAGCCUCUGGAAGGGGCGCACGUGCGCGUGGAGCUGCGCCACUGUUCGGCGCGCAGCGGACGUGAGCCCCGGCUACUCGCUUGUGCCCUGCUGCCUCUGCUGCAGCGAGGCACCGUGCUGCCCAAUGGCCCCCACGAGCUGCCUGUCCUGCGAGCUGACCCGCCGGGAGGAGCCCAGGCACGCCACGAGGCCCUGCACCUCACCACCCUGCUCAUUUCCACCAAGCUCACCCAAAACAGGGACCUGCUGGCAUUGCUACGCUGGAAAGAGCAGCCCGACGAUGUGCCACAAGCACUUCUCGGCCUGACCAAGCUAGAUGGCGAGGAAAUAGUCAAGUUCCUGCAAGACAUCCUGGAUGCACUGUUCUCCAUGUUCUCAACAGCUGACGGCAACUCAACACCCUACUCAGGCCUGGUCUUCAAGACAUUGGUGUACAUACUCAGUCUGCUAGAGAGUCCCAAGUUUGAGCACUUCAAGCCGGUCUUGGAUGCUUACAUCAAGGGACACUUUGCAGCAGCCCUCGUCUACAAGGGCCUGCUGCGAUGUGUGGCGCAUUGUGCGGAGCUGGCCGGCGAUGCUGGAGACGAGGCUCCCUCGGUGGAGCACUGCUUUGCGUCGCUCGAGGCAGUCAUGCAGUUUGUGGUGCAAUCGCGCCUCCUCCUCAGCCGUGCGACGGGUACCGACCCAAGUGAAGGCUUCUGGGCCGACCUGCAGCCCAUGCUGGCAGCGUGCGAGCGCAUGCUGACCGUGGGGGCCUCGGGCCCUCCCACCCUGGCACAGGUGUCCUUGGUGCACAGCUUGGGAGGGUUGCUGGCACGCCUGCGAGAAGUGCUUCCCUUGUCUGCCGUGGUGCGAGUGGCUGAGCGGUGCCUUGCAUGGCUGCCUGCCCGACCGAACCCUCUGUUGGCCCAAGCUCGCCUACAUGCAAUAGAGCAGACCAUCAGUUCACUCCUGUGUGAUCCCACCGACCAUGCUGUGACAGACGAAUGGCGGCUCCGUCUCGUAUGUGCGUGUGGAGCGGCAGUUGGGUCCCAGCUGUCUCAGGGUCGGCCAGAGGAGGCCGCCCUGUGUGCCAAGGUGCUGGGUCAGCUGGUGACCGCUGCUGACGUUGGCGCUGCUCCAGCACUGCUGGCACUGGUUCCGCCACUGCUGGAGUCCCUGCAAGCCUUGGAAGAUGGGGAUCCCCUGUUGGGGCCCCUGUCUGCGAGCCUGUUGGGUGUGGUGCGGGCUCUCGGUGAGUCCCACUACGCUCAGCUGUGGGGCGGUGAAGGUGGCCGCGAGGGUGUGGCCUGUGCUCUGUCGGUGCUUCGGCGGCUGCUGCUGGGCCCCACAUUCCCCGCCGACUGGGCCGUCAUGCGUGCUCUCGCCAACCAUGUGGCCCUUGGGGCCCUGCAGGAGCUGGCACAGCUGCUGGCAUCACGCUUCUUGCGACCACUGGACGUUCCUCUGUGGCUGCAGUACUUGCGGCUUGCCUCGGACUUCCUGGCUCAGCCAUCUCUCCAGCUGGAGCACCUCUCGCCCACACAGAGGGCACGCCUCACUGAGCGCUAUGGUGACAUGCGGCUCCUGGCAGGAUUCCAGGUGCUGGCCUUGUGGGGGCGCCUGUGGGAGGAGGAAGGGGGCAGGUGCGAGCUAGUUUCGUCCCUGGUGGGGCCCCUGGUGCGCAUGACACUGGUGCGGGAAGCCGAACUUCGGAGGGCCAUGUUGCCCCUCUUCUACGACCUGAUGGACAAGGACCUACCCAAGGUGGAGUCUGAACUCAUGGAGCAGCUAGACGAAUUGGUGACUGCCGGCAGUGGUGACGAGCAGUACCAGCAGCUAUUUACUUCCAUCCUUCUGGAGGAGGUGCGAAAGCGCAACCCUUGUUGGCAUGAAAAUGGCUUUCGCUUCAUUGAGGCUGUCGGUCACCAGCUUGACCGACUGCUCGACUACAGGAGUGUCAUGGAAGGAGCCGAAAACCGGGACAAACGCAUGAGCUGCACGGUCAAUUUGCUGCGUUUCUACCGGGAGGAAGUGGGUCGCCAGGAGAUGUUUGUGCGUUACGUGCACAAGCUGUGCGAGCUGCACGUUCCGGCCGAGCACUUUGCCGAAGCAGCAAUCGCGCUGCGCCUGCACGCCGACUUGCUGCCCUGGGAGGAAGGGGAACAGGGGCGGCUCAAGGAGCAGCUCUACCUCAACAUGCUUCACUACUUCGACCGUGGGAAGUGCUGGGAGGAGGGCCUACCGCUGUGCAAGGAGCUUGCCAAUGUCUACGAGGGUGUGCUGUUCGACUAUGAGAAGCUGAGCACCAUCCUGAGGACGCACGCCCAGUUUCUGGAGCACAUUCUCAGGGAGCUGAGACCCGAGCCUGAGUACUUCCGGGUUGGGUUCUUUGGCCUUGGCUUUCCCUCCUUCUUGCGAAACAAGGUGUUUGUGUACCGAGGCCUGGCCUAUGAGAAAGUGGGCGCCUUCGGCCAGCGACUGCAGGGACAGUUUCCCGAGGCCCAGCUGCUGACACACAAUGCUCCCCUGGAUGCUGCUCUGCUUGCUUCCACUGACCAGUACAUACAGGUGUGUGGAGUGCGUCCCCUGGCAGAGCCACGUCCGGAUCUGGAAGGACGUCCCGAGUGCGUGCGGGCCUACUUCCGGUGAACCGGGUCCACUCGUUCCAGUUUGACCGUCCCGUCUACAGAGAUGGGCCACCGGACAGGGACAAUGAGUUCAAGGGCCUGUGGCUAGAGCGGACAACUCUCGAGACGGCGUCUACUCUGCCCGGGCUGCUGCCUUGGGCCGAGGUAGUGGGCCAGCAAGCGGACUGGGUGCCUCCGCUGGUGAAUGCAUGCGAAGCGGUCGAGGCCAUGAGCAAUGAGCUGCGCCGUCUCGUGGCGCUGCACUCUCGCGAGCCCCAUCGACCCCUGGCACCCCUGAGCAUGCGCCUGUCCGGUGCCAUUGAAGCAGCCGUCAACGGAGGCC